AUGGAGGCCCCUUCGCAUCCAUUGUCGCUGAAAGUGAUGCGCGUCUCAAGGCCGGCUGUGGCCAGCGCAUGGGAACCAUUCUUCUCGAGUUCACCAUCGUAUUCUUCUCGCUCGACAGCGUCCAUCCUAUCUCUGCAAGGGGACAAGCCUCUACCAGGGCACCCCAAGACCCUGAGGGACCUCACACAUGCCACGGAACUUCUUACCCUUCCGUCCUCCUUCGGCGCGAUACAGCUUGGUGAAACGUUCACAAGCUGCCUAUGCGUUAACAACGACGCGCCUGUCGACGUGGACGGUGUAACUCUCAAAGUGGAAAUGCAAACAGGUACUUCUAAAGUCAUAAUCGGAGAAUUCGGAGGGCCGCAGUUUCGCCUUUCAGUUGGCGACACUCUUGAGAACAUUGUCAGUCACGAAAUCAAGGAACUGGGUCAGCACGUUCUCGCUUGCACGGUCUCAUAUCGAUCACUACCUGGCCAAGUCCACCCAGGGAAUGGGGAACCGGGACACGACCACCCUUCCCAAAGUUUCAGGAAAUUCUACAAGUUUGCUGUGACUAACCCUUUGUCCGUCAAAACCAAAGUACAUACUCCGCGCUCACCUUCGGCCCUGCUUUCUCGCGAGGAGCGAGAUCGUGUCUUCUUAGAAGUGCAUAUCCAAAAUAUGACACAGGACGCAUUGUGGUUUGAACGGAUACAUUUUGAGUGCGCUGAAGGCUGGACGGCUCAAGACGCCAACGUCGUGGUUUCGCAGCAAGACCAUAAGCCCGAGAGUAUAUUUACCAUUACUUCGGAACUUAUGCAACCUCAGGAUAUGAGACAAUAUAUCUACAUUCUUUCCCCUUCCCAGCUUCCACGAUUCCCCGUGGACCAUCCUCCGGGCGCCGUAAUGCCUUUGGGCCGUCUCGACAUAUCAUGGCGGUCCUCCUUCGGCGAACCUGGCCGGCUGCUGACUUCGACCCUCUCUCGACGCAUUCCUUUAGUACAAGCACAACCGCCCCAACCGCCGGCAUCUGCUUUACCCCCGCAUCUGCAGCGGGGUUCCACCGUCGGCUCACCUCGACCCCGAUCCCCACAAUUACCUCAAGAACGCCCGAGUACACCCCCCGCACCUUAUAGACCUGCAUCACCAUUUCGAGGUCGGACUAUUGGUGGUCCAAUAAGCCCGAGGCCGCAGUCCCCAGGUCCCUCUUCAGCUCCGGCUGUCACCAGUGUAAAUCAGCCGAUCCCUCUGAUGCCGCACGCAACGGAUAUUGAAGUAGACCUUGUCGUGCGCUCCCUACCUCGCGAUUCGAUUCGGCUUGAGGUACCUUUCAGGAUUGCUUGCACUAUUACCGUAUCCUGCACUAUACCCGCGCUGCGUGCUCAACAGGAACGCGCUAUCUCACUAAUCAUCCAACAUAUACAGCCUUCGGCGCCUGUCCCUAAACCCGUGGUCAUCCCUGAGAUUUUCAGUCCUCGUCUGCCCUCUUCCGGAUUUUCGACACCUCGAUCACCUGCAACGCAAUCGAAAGUAAAUCUUGACUACGUGUCAAUUGAGCGCAAGCUUAUGGAAUCGCCGAAGCCGAUUUACCCUGGUGCGAGAGCAGUGGAUGUCGAUGAAACAGCCAAUGAUCUACUAUUGCCGCCUCCGAUCGUGGAUCCUGUCGCCGAUGGGAAAAGUCCAGGGUCCCGGGCGAUUGUGUUCCUUGGACCGUCUACAAUCUUUUUGCCAACACUGCGUCUGAGGUUGCCUGAAGUGGUUGUCGAGGAUCAGAGCAAUGAUGCAGCAAACACAGACGAAUCACUCAGAGUACAGACGUCACAAGAUUUCGAUCUCUCGUAUCUUCCGCUCCUCGAGGGUUUCUCCAGAGUAGGAGGUAUUCGUAUCUUGUUACAGAAUGAUCGAUGGGAAGAACGAGGACAACACCACGAUGAUUCGAAGGAUGUGAAGACGGUCUCCGAGUUGCGGAUAUUGUCAGAUAUUGCAGAAAUAUGGGUACAGACCUGA